AUGUCCAGCUAUUUCAUGUCCAGCACAGCUAGUAGCUCAGCAGCUAAUGAGGGUAAUAUGAGUCGCAACCGGUUCAUGCUCUACGUAUUGCUGGUUAUCAAGUGCGAUGUGUUGGUCGCCUUGGGCAGGAUUGAGGACCCAGGAUACUGCAGAUGGCUGGAUGCCCUCGUCAGCGGCUAA